AUGACGACUGGACAACUUCUCAACACUCGGAGCGUCGAGUACCAUGAGUCUGCUCAUGCCAGACAUUGGACUGAUGUGCCCUACGGGAGCACUCGUCUGAAUUUGCUUGACAUAUGCAUACCCAAUAGACAGCCUGAAGAUCCACAACAGGCAGUAUGGCUUGUCUAUAUCCACGGUGGAGCUUGGAGAGAUCCCUUGAUCAAUCGCAGGAGUUUCAACACUGCUCUGGAUAUGCUUAUCAAGGACGAUCAAUCGCACAAUAUUGCCGGAUUCGUGUCACUUGAUUACCGCCUGUCUCCAUAUCCUUCACAUCCUACUUCUCCAUCAUCUCCAGAUGACGACAGUCGCAAUGUGCAGCACCCAGAGCAUCUGAAUGAUGUCCUCGGUGCUUUAUCCUUCCUUGGCUCGAAUGCUGGCGAGGAAAUUGGCCUCAAGAAAGGCGGUGCUAUCCGCUUGCCAGAUACUUUGUCUAUUGCAGUAGGCCGCUACGUUCUGUGCGGACAUAGUUGUGGCGCAACACUUGCAAUGCAAGCCACUGCUGUUCUGAGCGCUGAACAUGGUGCUAUACGGCCUCCGGUAGCGUUGUCAGGCAUAGAAGGCAUCUAUGAUGUAGCCGCUUUGGUCGCUACACACACGCAUCCAGCCUAUCGCGAGUUUGUCACGGCUGCGUUCGGUCAGAACGAGGAGACAUGGGUCACAGCAAGUCAAUUGACCAACAAACUAGACAAAUGGCAUGGAAAUGUUCUACUCGUACAGUCUAGUAGUGAUGAGUUGGUGGACAUGCAGCAAACAGACUCAAUGAUGGAAAAGUUGGUCGCCCAAGGGUUCACAAGGACUUCGACGACUUCGACAGGCAAAGAGGGCAAACAAGUAUUAAAAACGGUCAUCGAUUGCUUGCAUGAUGAGGUGUGGGAGAAGGGAACGGAGCUGGUGAAGGCGAUCAGGGCUGUCACCGAUAAGACAUGGGUAUCUCCUGCAAUGCAACGAUCAUAG